GUGGGAUUCAAUCUUUUUUUUUUGCUAAAAAAAACUUUUCCAGUUCUUUUCUUUUAUCGCUCUUUCGUUCUACCUCGCUUAUUUUGCAAUCUCAAAGAUACAAUAAAGACUCAUAGAUACAAUUUAUAUUCAUGGUUGGACACAAAAGAGGCGGUAGGCAGAGUAACGGUGUAGGGCGAAGAAAACGACCACGACCUAUAAGCAGUAGGAGAAGAAGGUCUCAGUCUACUUCAGAAGAUAAUAGUAGCGAUGGUGAUUCAGUCACUCGAUGUGUUUGUGGUGAAACUCACAGCAUCGGCCUAAUGGUGCAAUGCGACAAGUGUGAAGUCUGGCAACAUUGUGAAUGUAUGGGUUUGGAACAACCAGAUAUACCAGACCAAUAUUUCUGUGAAAGAUGCAAGCCAGAAAAUCAUAAAACAAUUCGUUUAAGUAGUGGAAGACAAUACGUAGUGAAUGAGCCUAAAGCUCCCAAAAAGAGAAUGACGCUAAAUAGUCGUGAAGCAAGUAUGUCAUUAGAAGAUGUACUAGCGGCGAGGAAUGCUUUGGAAAUGUAUGAAAGGAAACAAGAAGAACAACAACGCGAUGACGAUGCCCGUGGCAGUAACUCUACGUCACCAACACAGUCUACAAUGGAUUUAGCACCAACGAAAGAAGAAAAAAAUGGCUUAUUUAAAAAGGAACCCAGCGACGCUAGUCCCCACGGUAAAGACGAAUAUAAUACUGAUAUCGAAGCAAGAUCGACAAAACGAAAGAAGGAACUAUCGGAAAUUGCAGAAGAGGAAGAAACAGUUAGUAUAUCUGGGCCAGUUUCUUCGACAGUCUCAUCUAUAGGUCAAGAAGAUGUUUUUGUAUCUCAACAACUCAGUGACACUUCUAUUUUGAACAAUGACGAGACUUUACCAGAAAGUACAGCAGAUAAAGCUUAUUCAACCAAAUCAUCCUCUACAUCAUCAUCACCAACUUCUGUUACUGCAAGUCCAACAGCUGCAACUUCAAAACCAAGGAGGCGGCAAGCCAAAAAUACCGAAGUUACCAUCACAUCAUUUACACAAACCAAUAACAGUACCACAACGUAUAGAAAAAGAGGCACAGGUAGAAAUACUUCUGGUCGUGGGACCGGUAAUCGACGAGGGAAACCAAGUUCACGCACUUCUACACCAGUACGUGAUCUAUCGCCGAAUCCUACGGCUACUGCGUCAACGGAGAUCGACGACGAUACAAUAAAUGAUGAUUCUAAAGACAAUACGAACAAUAGGACUUCGAAAAGUACAACAACAUCGACCGCCUCCACAUCUCAUAGAAAUUCACAAAAAUACUCUACAACCCAUCAUACUUCUACUACAACAGCAUCAACAUCACCAACUGCCAAUACAAAUACUACUACAACAACUACUACCCAUAAUAAUUAUACCAAUGUUUCUAAUUACGAUCACGAUGACAAUAUCGCCACACUGAUAUUUCAACAUUUUUCCCCACAAGCGCGAGCCUCGUCUCCGCCUGCCAAAGCUCGCCAUCCCAAUGUUCGUAUGAGUAUAUCAGAAAUGAACCGUCGUGCCAACCAAAUCUUGGAAUACAUUAGUUCGCUUCAAUUAGAAAUGGCCACAAAAGAAAGUAUAUCCAACCAUGCCGGUCAUGGUAGAAGUAAAAAGGAUAGCAGCAGUUGUAGUUCUGUUAGUACCAGUAUGAGUCAUGGUGAUGCUAUCAUCAACGAUAUGAGCGGAACCAACUAUAUGAAUAAAAAGAAAAAGAAUGGCUUGAGAACUAUGCUUGAUGAUAAUGCUGAAGAUGACGAUGAUAAUGAUUCGUUGAGUAGCGCCAGUACUAUACCAUUAGAUAAAGAGGAUCGAAAUAUGGAUGUGAUGGAUGAAAAUACAGAUGAUGGCGAUGAUAAUGAUGCUGAUGAGAACAAUGUGAAUAGAGAAAAUGAAACUUCUUUAGAAAUUAUGGAUAGAUUGACGCGUAAACUAAUCAAGUUUCAAAGAAAGUUCGGAUCAAGAAAUCGAGCAUUGUAUGAAGAAGCUUUAUUGGAAGGGGAAGGUCGCGUUACACGCAGUAGAGAAGCAAGUACAAUGAAUGCGUUUCGAAACAUGUUAGCCAAUCAUACUCCAUAACUGUUGAAGACACCCUCCUAUUUAUUCUAAUCUUUCCUUUACUCAUCUUUUAAUAAUAUCAUUUACCUGUGCAUAUUCUCUUUCUCCCUUAAAUAGUGUUAAAUUGCUUAACGUUCUUUUGGCUUUUUGCCCAUCCAUUUGUAUAUAUCCUAUCACUAUUCUUUCUUUUCCACUUUAACAAUAAAGCAUUAUAAUGACCUGCUUAUCGUCUUCUGUUAACAAAGAGUACUUUGCUGGUGGUAACAUAUCCUCUAUGUGUAUGUUUGUGCGUGGUGUGUCUCAACGUCUUUUUUGAUCUCGGCUUGAAAACAAACAGAAAAAAAGAAAUUAAAAGGGACUUGAAAAAAA